AUGAAUCUGUUUGGACCCUUACCGGCAUCAGAAAUUGAUUUAAAAUGGAUCUUUAUUGUUGAGGACCCGACGACCAGAUGGGUGAAACUCUUCGCGCUCAAAAACGCCACAGCCCAGGAGUGUGCGAAGACUCUCAUAGACGAGGUAUUCCUACGCUUCGGAUUUCCAAGGAGGCUCAUCAGCGAUAAUGGUUUCCAGUUUGUCAGCGCCGUCAUGCAGCAUACUACGUACUGUCUUGGAAUUAAACAACAUCUCAUCCCAGUAUACCACCCACAGGCAAAUCCAGUGGAGAGACGCAAUCGAGAUCUCAAGCCGCAAUUAGCUAUUCUGGUAGGCGAAAAACACACCACCUGGCCUGAGAAAUUACCUGCAAUAAGCCCAGCUUACCGCAACCUUGCACGUGAACUCAAGACAACGGAUGAUGUCUACAGGGACCUCAGGGCGAUUAUCGAAAAAGAAAAUCCUAUACCGGAUAUUACCCCCCAUCUGCUUGGAAUGACCAAAACCUUCAAACAAGUAAGAGAAACGCAAGAGAAACAACAGGACAAUCGAAAAAAGUACGCAGACAAGCUACGACGACCGGGUCGAGCAUACAACCCAGGAGACAGAGUAUGGGUAGCCACGCCUACCCUGAGUAAUGCUUAA